UCUCAAUCGCCGAGACUCUCAUCGAGUCCCCUCUUCUCUGCUUCAUGAAUGCCUACCCUUGCCUUCAUUUUGUCACCAUGCCUACAAAGCUGUUCAAUUAUCCUUCCAGGUUCCUCAGAAUUUCUGCGAAACCGCCAGUGGUUGCUUCGUAGCCGCAUCAUGACUGCUCUCGACGUCAAUGUGGGUUCGCGGUCUUCGUUCUUCAGCGUAUGGACCUCGAUCUCUAAUACAGACGUUCUUACUCAAAGAUUUAAGGCUGCUCAAUUGGUAGAGACGGGCUACUAAGUUGACUUGCUUAGAGUCGGCAUCUUCGUGGUCCCCGACUCAUCGGUAGAACCUGGUCUCUUGAGGGAUGCGAAGGGGCAAGUUAGCCAGCACAAUGAAUGAGCCAUGGUAUAAGGUUGCGAGGGGAUUUUAAGACUUAGGUGAACUUGGCGAUGGUAAUCAGUGUUGAAUGAGGUAGCCUCAAUGUUUCUGAGUAUACGCGGUAUUCUUUGACCUUAGCGAGUGUAUUGCGCCAAUGACCUGACCAGAAAGCUUACCCCUGGUCAAAGAGGUAUGUUCAAGGCUAUCAAGUUACUGGUAGUCAAGCUCAUAACCGAAUUUAGCUUCAUAUCAAGCUGUACAGGCGGC